AUGACAGAAAACACCACCAAAAGACCCAUCGAGAGUGCCCUCGACGAGGCGUCCAAAAAGCCCAAGUUGGACCAGAGAGAGCGUGCCUUGAAGGUGGUCCAAGAGAGCCAGGUAGGCAUCACGUCGUACAUCAACGAGAACAACCGUUCCGAUGGUGGGUUCAUUGGCAGCAUUAAGCAGCUCUACGCCGACUUCCAGGUCAACGAGAUCGACAUGGACGGCAAGGUGGUCCACCUUGAAGACGAAGGACUCGACUUGGGAAAGAGCAAGAAGGAGCGUCGAGCCGAGAAGAGAGAGCAGGAGAAGGCCGAAACCGAGGACAUGAGUCCCGAGGAGCUCGAAGCCUACAAGGAGAAGAAACGGGUCGAAGAAGAGGCCAAGAAGGCAGAAGAGGAAGCCAAACCCAAGUACACGUUGUCGGACGAGGACCGCAAGGAGCUCUUGACGUUGAUCUCUGAGAACGAGUUGGCCCAGGUCGAACAGUUGUACACAACUGGUAACAACAUGCAAACCACCACCGUGUUCAAUGACAAACAAGUCAGAGGAAAGUUGCACCAACUCUUCAGAUCGGCGUUCCAGGGCACCUUGGACACCAUCACCUCACCAGAGAACCACUUCAACAUCGCUCUCGCCAAGAAGGGGCAGGGAAGACACAAGACCAACCCCCAAGAAAGCAUGCACCAUGUGGACGAAAACGGAGUAGUCAACUACGGAUUGGGACCUUUCAAGCCGUACUUGCACUUCACCGUCUACAAGGAGAACAGAGAGACCAUGGAGGUUGCAUCUACCAUCUCGAAGUUGUUGAGAUUCCCUCCCAAAGCCAUCAAUUUUGCAGGAACCAAGGACAGAAGAGGUGUGACUUGCCAGAGAUUCAGCAUUCACCGUGGAAAGGUCGUCAGAGUUAGCUCGCUCAACAAGGCGUUGAAGGGCUCCACCUUGGGCGGAUUUUCCUACGAGGACAGGCCCUUGGGCUUGGGUGACUUGAAAGGUAACGAGUUCGUAAUCACCAUCAGAGAUCUCCAAGCUGUGCGCAGCGAAGACAACGUCGAGCAAGUGGUGGCUGAGUGCUUCGACUCGUUGAAGGAAAAGGGAUUCAUCAACUACUACGGAAUGCAAAGAUUCGGUUCCUUUUCCAUUUCUACUCACGUUCUCGGAGUUCAUGUGCUCAAGGAGGACUGGAAGAGUGUUGUGGAAUUAAUUUUAUCUGAACAAGAAGUAGUUGCUCCCGACUCAGUGGAAGCCAGAAGGAUCUGGGCCGAAACCUCCAACCCAACUUUGACUUUGAAGAAAAUGCCCCACCGGUUUUCUGCUGAAAGCUCGAUCUUGAAGGUGUUGGAGAAGGAGCAGUUGAACGAGGACGAGGAGUACGGAUCCAACUCGUACUUCAAGGCAAUCAUGGCCAUCCCCAAGAACUUGAGAAUCAUGUACGGCCAUGCCUACCAGUCAUACGUGUGGAACAUGGUGGCCACCAAGAGAAUCGAGUUGUUUGGCUUGGAAUUGCAGGUGGGAGACUUGGUGGUGGACGACACGCCAGCAGUGAAAGACGAGGACUUCGAAGAAGACGUCGCCAUCAGCAGAGACACCAAGGUCAAGCCAUUGACCCAGGAAGACAUCGACUCGGGUAAGUACUCUAUCUACGAUGUUGUGCUCCCAGGUCCAGGCUACAAGAUCCAGUACCCCACCAACGAGACCUUGAGGCAGGUGUAUGUCGACACCAUGGCCAAGGAUGGCUUGGAUCCAUUCAAGAUGUCCAGAAGAGUCAAGGAGUUUUCUUUAGCUGGUUCCUACAGAAAUUUGAUGUCGAAACCCGAGCACCUUUCCUACGAGUUGGUGAGAUAUUCGGGCGACGAGGUUCCUUUGGUCAGAACAGACAUGGAGAUCUUGAAGCAGAAGAAGGAGGGAGUUGAGGCUCCUGGCAGAAUCAUCAAUACUUCCCCGGAUGGUGAAAAGUUGGCGAUUGUGUUGAGCAUGCAGUUGGGUGUGAGCAGUUAUGCCACCAUGGCCUUGAGAGAGUUCAUGAAGGCCGACACUGCCCGUUUUUCACAGGCCAUGAUGGCUCCUGCCAACUAG